AUGGGAUCCAAAAUGUUUUCUAAUCAAUCGAUCAAUGUUCGAAAAGGUGAUUUGACAAAAGAACAAACCGAUGUUAUUGUCGUAUGUGCGUCAUCAAAAGCCUUGCUCGAAAGUGUUUUAAAAUCUGGUGGAGAUACUGUACAGGCUUCAUACAAUAAUGGAUUAAGAAAAAAAGCAACACAAGUGUUUGCAGUUGCUACUGGUGGACACCUCCGAGCAAAAGAAAUUUAUUUUCUUCCAUGGGAACCAAAUCCCGAUGAGACACUACUCUGUGAAUCAUUGAAAAACUUCGUUUCAAAUGCUAUUGAAAAAGCAGCGAAUGAUAAUCGUAAGAGUAUCGCAUUUCCAGCUAUUGGUUGUGGUCAGUACGGCUGUUCCAUUAGUCUUGUUGCUAAAACUUUAAUUGAAGAAGCUUGUCGACUACGAACUUUGUACCCAAUAGCCAUUACCUUUAUAAUACAACCAGAUAGAACAGAUAUUUAUGAUGAGUUUCAAAAACAAAUCGACUUAUUAGAGACAUUAGAACCAUCACAAUCAUUAGAACAACCUCUAGAAUCACCAAUAAUAUCUGUUUCAAUUGGAAAUGGAAUAAUUGUAGUAGAAAAAGGAAAUAUAACAACACAAAAAGUUGAUGUUAUUAUCGGAAGUUCAUCAUCGAUAGUAUUAACACAGACCAUAAUCGAAGCAGCCGGUGAUGAAGUUAAAACUACAUAUGAAACCGAAUCUAAACGCAAUCCAAAUUCAAUUCUGAUCUCAACUCCACCAGGACAAUUAUCUUGUCGGCGAAUCUUUUUUCUUAAAUGGAAACCAGAUGCAGACAACUCUAUACUUCGACAAUCGAUCAUCGAUUUCAUAUGGAAUGUUAUCCAGAAUAUUAUCUCCUGUAAUUACACAUCAGUUGCAUUUCCUGCCAUUGGAUGUGGAGGAUAUGGCUGUUCAGUAGAUAUUGUAGUCAAGACGAUGGUUCGAGAAAUUAAAAAUCAACUUAAAACAAGAAACUUAUCAUUGACAGUCAAAUUUGUUAUUCAGCCUGAACAACAAAAUAUUUAUGAUGAAUUUUGUAAACAAGUCUUAGCAUCCAAAGAAGAACCUGCCGAGAAAUCGGUCGAAGAUCAACUACCAACAACAUGGGAAAAAUCGACAGGAAAUCAAUUGAGAUUUGUGGUAUUGACUAACUCAGACGAAUACAAGUCCGUUUUUAAAGAUUUCAAUAAAGCAAUGAAAGGAAAAUAUACCGAAAUAAUAAAAAUCGAACGCAUUCAAAAUGAAAGAUGGCUUCUACAAUAUUUGGCUCAUAGUCGAGACUUUAAAAAAAGACUCAGAAUUGAUACUGAAAAACGUUUAUAUCACGGAUGCCCUGAAAAAGCAGCAAAUUCAAUUAUUCAGGACUGUUUUAAUAGAAGUUUUGCUGGAGUGAACGGAACAGCAUAUGGUGUAGGGGUUUAUUUUUCAUCAAGUGCCAUCUAUAGUCACGGCUAUACUCAACCAAAUGCCAAUGGAGAACGAUGUAUGUUUGUUUCGCGCGUUCUGAUUGGGAAAACGACUAAGGGAGAUAGUUCGAUGAAAACUCGACCUGUAGGAUUCGACUCAACAACUGAUGGGAAGCAUAUUUUCGUUACUUAUCAUGAUGCACAAGCUAUUGCUGAAUAUUUAAUAACUUACAAAUAA